GUGCCACUAGUGCGUGAUCGCGUCAUUUACACGUGCUUUUACGUACUAUACGUCCCACUGUGGCGAGCAGGGAGUGUAGUAAGACGGCAGGAUGUUGCGGCUUCGCUGUAAGACCAAAAAUGGGAGCCACUUGAUGCAUGGCUUGACUCAUCAGUCCUGCGUGCAGGAGCUGAAGCGCAAGGUGGAGGAGCUGACUGGUAUCCCCUGUGAUGUGCAGAAAAUAAUGGUCGGAUACCCACCCUCCAGCCUUGAUCUUCGGAACGGAGAGGCUCACCUCAAGGACUACCCUAUCAAAUCAGGAGACACACUCAUCGUUGAGGAGGAAAAAAACAAGCCAAAGCCUCAGGAUCGUCCCGCUGUAACGAAAGGACCUAACCUCGAAGGUUCACCUAUGCUGGCACGCCGAGUGGUCCCAGCUGAUAACUCCUGCCUCUUCACCAGUGUUUAUUAUGUGGUGGAAGGCGGCGUAUACGACCCCGCCUGUGCCCCUGAAAUGAGAGGUCUCAUUGCCCAGAUAGUCUCGAGUGACCCCACAGCUUACUCUGAAGCGGUGCUGGGGAAAACCAAUGAGGGGUACUGCACCUGGAUAAGACGUGAUGACACUUGGGGAGGAGCCAUCGAGGUAUCCAUCAUGUCUAAGUUCUACCAGUGUGAGAUCUGCGUAGUGGAUACUCAGACAGUGCGAGUAGACAGAUUUGGGGAGGAUGCUGGCUACCACAAACGCGUGUUGCUGAUCUAUGAUGGCAUCCACUACGACCCGCUGCAGAAAGAGAUCCCCGGAUCCGACACCCCGCCCCAGACUAUCUUCUCGACUACAGACGACGUAAUCCUGGCCCAGGCCCUCGAGCUGGCAGACGAGGCUCGCCGCAAGCGCCAGUUCACAGACGUUAACCGCUUUGCCUUGCGCUGCAUGGUGUGUCAGACAGGCUUGGUGGGACAAAAGGAAGCUCGUGAGCAUGCCAAGGAGACAGGCCACGCUAAUUUUGGUGAAGUGUGAAAGUCUUGCUGUCUUUUUCCUCUCUCACAAAUACAACAACCACCAACCCCCAUGCCCUGCGUCUGGCAACUCUGUGGGUCUGUCUGCUUUUGUGAUCCUCUACCUCACAUUAUCUGGCAACAUCUUUGGAGAUUCUGCAGGUACUGUGUUCCGCCUCUUACCUGUUCAGUAUUACUUUUUAACUACUGUCAGUUCUUACAGUCAGAAAUGCUACUGCAGUGCUCCAGUGUUAGAAACCAUAAUAUUCAGAUCUCUUUAAACUGGGUCAGGAUGCAAAAAAUUCUUAGUUGUUGUUUCGAUCUGUUAAGAACACUCAUGGACAAGUUCAUAAACCAAACAGUUUAGGAUGUGUUAUCGAUGCAGAAAAUUGGCAGAACUUACCCUUGAUGAAACAAAGAUGUGCGAACAAAGAAUUUUAAAACGGUCACUAAGAAUUAUUUGCACAGUUAUGUGAUCACAUUCACUUUUGUCUUAAACACGGCACAGCAAGCUUGACUGUUAUUUAUCAUGUUGGUUAUGUAGCAUGUUUUUAUUACUUUGGGGGCAGAUGUAAGUAAUUCUUCCACUAAUUUCCUUAAAUUUAAACAUCUGAACUGUUCAAUAUAGGCGGCCUGAGUUAAUGCUAAGCAGGAUUCUUCUAAAGGAUUACUUGAUGAAAAAUCAAUCAGACACACUUCUAACCUCCUCAGUAUCCAUUGUUUUUGUUUGUUUGUUUGUUUGUUUAUUUGUUUGUUUGUUUGUUUGUUUGGUUUGUACAAUAACUUUAGCAUAAUUAUGGAUCAUUCAUAUUGUCAAUAUUUUCUGAGUUGCAUGCUCUGAAUCUGCACUGGGGUGACUCAAAAUUUGGCCAUUUGUUUAAUCCAGAAGGAUAUGACGACUAAAAGAAGAUCCAGGUAUCAAAAUGUAGGUAAAAAAAAUCUGAGCUUUCAUAGGCCACAGCUUGUUCUGAUUGCGUAACAAACAGAUAACUCAUUGCAGACUCCAAUGCAUCUCUCUGUUACUCUGCGUCCAUCGUAGACAUUAAAUGCAAUGAUUUGUCCCUUGAUUAUUAAGCUCAAAGUUACACUGUUUUUUUUGGGGGGGGGAUUUGAGCUCUGGUCAACAAGAUCAAUGGUGGUAUGAAUUUUGAAUACAGUAUCAUACUGCAAGUGCAAAAUUGGCCUUUAUUUUGUUUGGGGGGGGUUGCAACAUUGAUUGUGAGUGGGCUUCACUAAAUAAGGCAAAAAAAAAGUUAUGGUGCUGUAAACAAAACGCGUUACAAAAUCUGUAGCUCAUUUUUCUAUAUUUGUGCCGCAGGUUUUGAUGAGUGUUUUUCUUUGUUUUUUUGUAGUGCACAAGUUUGAAAUGCUGUAAGAACUGUUUUUUGUUGUUUAAAUUAGACUGCAUACUUUGAAAAACCAUUCAAGCAUUAUAUUUGUAACAAAUCAAGGUAAGGCAUACAGUAUUUUAAGAUCUUUUUUCUUUUUAAAGGCUGCUCAUAAUGUCCUUUGCUAAUCAACAUCAAAUAUUUCCAUCUUACAUUUAUAGCUCUGGGUGGAUGUAUUACAAGUAAAGGUACAUUUAGUUUACUGUGUUUUGUAUGUUUUAUAAAAACUACCACUCCUGUUUCACUGUAUGAAUUAUUUUCUUCCCCCACAACAGGAGUCUGUUCUCACAUUUUAAGCUAAUCAUCCAUUAUCUCUUUGCUAAUUUCUUUGACAUACACUGGCUAUAAGGAUGAAGAAAGCACUUGUAUUUAACUUAAAGUCAAAGAUUUGAGAUUGAUAACUGUGGUUAGUUCUCAUUGUGGCAAAACAUGGUGUUUGACGGGUCUUUGAUUGCAGAAUUGUUGCCAAAAGCUUCACAGUGGAGCCUUGACUGGACUUUGACUUUGGUUCAUAUUCGGAUGGUGACGGUAAUCAAUUAAAGAAAGCAAAAAAAACAAAACAAUUUAUUUGUAUGAUUUUUUUCCCCCCCCCUUAUCCCACCUCAUCAUCUACCUUAGGUAUUUUAAACGCUGGUAAAAACUGAAUAAUCAACUUGAUAAAACCAUGAAAUGGCUUUGUUGCAUUUUGUAUUUGCCAUGUUCUCAUGAUUAACAAUAACAGUGAAUGUUGCACACAAAGCACUACAGAAUAAACUGGAUUUACUUGA